AUGCAUUUAAAAAGGACAAUAGACGAUAUAAAUCAUUAUUUUUCAAACCCUGACCCAGAUUUACCAAUAACCAUUUCACCAAUCAUUGAUGAAGUGGGGUUAUUGUUUAAUAGUUUUAGAAUAAUAUUUGAUCCAAAUUCACCACAAUUCAAAAUCGACACAAAAAACUUUAUAUUUACAUUAACAAAAGGGUUAAUAGAUUUAAUGAAUGGCGGGGAUUUUGAUCUUGCCGAUUACAAGGAUUUAGUAGCAUACUCAAAAUUUCUACAUCGAAUUAAAAGGACGGGAGCCGACACAAAUAGAUCGAAAAAAGUUAAAGUAUAUAUAAAAGCAAUUGAACAUCCUGAAUACGAAGUUGACGAAGUGGGUGAUUAUGCAGAAAAUUAUACACCAAUCAUACAAGAAAUAGACGAAUUCGAAGAUAUGGUAUCUGGACAAGGUAUAACUUUUUUAUCCGAUAACAACGAAGAAUUGCUUAAUAGAUUACGAGUAAUAUUAGCAGCAAUGAAGGAAGGACAUCGAUCAAAAAGACAAUAUAAUGAAGUAAAUUGUAUAUUAAAAAGACUCUUAGAGAAAGAUUAUGAGUACGAACUCGAUCGCAAUCAAGAAUAUGAAUUGGGAUUAAAGUAUUUCUCUGUUUACAAUUCCAUUAGAAAUAUCAACGAAAAAAAUAAUCAAAUAAAAAUAUCAACAGAUAAUGGAGUUACGUUCAAAACCAUACGUUUACUACCAGGAAGCUACGAAUACAUAGCCAUUUACGAACACCUAUCUGAAUACGCAGGUAAAAACAAUAUUGAAUUCGAAGGUAAUUUGAAUCUGAACAAAAUAAAAUUGAUAUUAAGAAAUAAUAGUCAAGUUGAUUUCAACGUAGAAAAUUCAUUGAAUACGUUACUAGGAUUUGAUAAACGAGUAUACACCCAAUCCACUUUAGCACCACACAAAGCUAAUAUCGAGAAUGAUAUCGAUGUGAUAAAUAUACAGUGCAAUUUGAUAAAUGGUGGAUUUUUCAAUAAAUACAAACGUCAGAUUAUUUACAGUCUUCCAACAUUCACUGUACCGAUAGGAUAUAGAAUUAUAGAGAAACCAUUUCAAACGACGUAUUUACCACUUAAUUCCUUUAUGAUUAAAGAUAUAAAUCUGGAAAUCAAAGAUGGUAAAAAUAGGUUUAUAGAUUUUGGUAACGAGGAAAUUGUUAUUCAACUUCAUUUAAAACAAAAAAAUUAA